GGCUAACAUAUGCGAAAAAAAUAAUCAAUUAAUGUUUUAUGCGUUUUGAUGAGAUAUUAUGGAUAUAUAUUUAUAUUUUUCUGAAAUUCAUUUAUUCAAAAGAAUACAAGUUUAUACAACCAAGACCCAAAGGCUUUGUAUAUUUUAGUGAGACCUUUGAAAAUUUAGUUGAAUAUAAUGCUAAAUGGGUUAAGUCUCAAAGUUUUAAAUUAAUUGAUGGGAAGAAAUACAAAUAUGAUGGAGUAUGGGGUUUGGAAAAUGCAAUUAAAAAUGGUCAUGUAGAAGAUAAUGGAUUACUAAUGAAGGUUAGAUCAAAGCAUUAUGCCAUAUCCACACCAUUGUUUCAACCAUUUCAAUUCGAUAUAUAUCCAUUUAUGCUACAGUAUGAAGUGAAAUUUCAAAAACUCGUAAAAUGCUCCGGAGCUUACGUUAAACUCAUAUCUCGAAGGCCCGAUUUGAAUCUGUUGUUAUUCAACGCCAGCACGCCUUACACUCUCAUGUUUGGUCCCGACCUUUGUGGCAACGAUCCCAAGCUGCAUUUCGUAAUCGGUUACAGGGACCCCUUGAAUGGCAUAUGGGAAGAACGGCAUUGCAAAAGAUCCGCUCAUUCCUUGAUCUCCUACUUUCCAACUACAGGACAUGAUAGCGAAUCUCCAGCAUCGACCUCGAACUCAACCCUGACCAGGCUAUUUACCCUGAUUCUUAAGCCCGAUAGCACCUUCAUGCUUAAAAUUGACAACAAGGUCGUCAAUUCAGGCCAUUUGUCGAGAGAUUUUCACUCUGCUUUCAGCUCCACGGAAAAAGUCAAAAAGAAAGUCGAUCCUCCACCAUUUUAUUAUUGCCUUCGAUCUGAUGCGGAUAAUCCAAAAUACAUAUGGUUCUUCGAAAGUCCUUUCCGCCUACCACCAGUCUGUGAUUUUUUGCCAACUACGCAUUCAAAACUGUCCCAAAAAAGUUUAAAAAUCAAACAAUCAUCCGCAAGCAAAAACGCUUCUUUUCACAGAGAUCUUAACCCAUUCCAAUCUUUGGAAACUAUUUCCGCUAUAGGGCUUGAAUUGUGGUCCAUGGAUGAAGGCAUUUUAUUCGAUAAUUUUAUAAUAACCGCCGAAAAACGGGUUUUGGAGAAAUGGACCGAUGAUACCUUCUACGUUAAGAGACGAAGAGAGGAAGGACUGCAUGGUUUGCUGGUCACUUUCGCUUUGUGGGCCCAGGCUUAUCCUUUCCUGUGGUUAUUAUACCUGACUCUUCUUGGUCUUCCCAUGUCAAUUUUUAUAAUUUACUUCAACACUCCAACUUCCUACGGUCAUAUCGAACAUACUGAUGAGUAUGAUGAAGAUUAUUUUCUUGACGGGACGCUAGAGCCAACAAAUAUUUUUGACUACGAUGAUAAUAUGAAUAAAGAAUAUAUGAUUGAUUAAAAAAUUAUUUAUAAAAUUAUAAAUUUUUUUAAAGCCCCUUUUAUAUAUAUAUAUAAUAUAAUUUUUUUUUUAAAAAAAUGUUAU